AUAUUUCGUUCAGGCAGGAACAGAUCAGCUGAUCAGCCACAUGACCUACAGCAUCCGCAAACAUGGCGGCGUCUUUAGCGCUUGUAGUGUUUUGUGAAUAAGCGAUACAAUGUUGUUCAAAAGUUGCAUUUUCUUGUUAUAUUUCCACGUUUCGGUGCCCGUGCAUUGCGAAACCGAACACGUUGGUUUAGCCUCGGGCUCAGAAUCUUCUGAUCAAGUAACAGAAACGGGGAGUUCGAGCUGUGGUUGUGAUGCAUUGAAAAGAGAUGUUGGAGUCGUUGUUGGCGAGGACGUAUCAAUGCAUGCUGAAGAUCCCGCAGAGAAAUAUUCUAAAGGGGCCAAUGAAGAAAUGGGUGAACAUUCUAUAGAGCAUGACAUUCGCAGCAAGCUGGUUUUGCUCGAAUCAUCCUGGUUCUUCAUGGGAACUGAUGACCCAGGUAUUCCACCUGACGGGGAGGGCCCUCAAAGGCGAGUGUGGGUUGACUCUGUUUACAUGGAGGAACAUGAGGUCACCAACCAACAGUUCCAACAUUUCGUCAAUCAAUCUGGCUAUGUCACAGAGGCUGAACGUUUUGGAGAUUCCUUUGUGUUUGAAGAGCUGUUGACAGAAGAGUUAAAGGGCACAAUAUCACAAGCGGUGGCUGCUGCCCCCUGGUGGUUGCCAGUGAAGGGAGCUAACUGGAGUCAUCCUGAGGGUCCUGGUUCCUCCAUCUCAAACAGGCUGGAUCACCCUGUUCUACAUGUGUCAUGGAAAGAUGCCCAGGCCUACUGCAAGUGGGCCAAGCGGAGGUUACCCACAGAAGCGGAGUGGGAGUAUGCAUGCAGGGGAGGGUUACAGGACAGACUGUACCCUUGGGGAAACAAACUGCUGCCUAGAGGACAGCACUAUGCUAAUCUGUGGCAGGGGGACUUCCCUACUGAAAACACUGGAGAGGACGGCUACAUCAACUCCUCACCGGUGAUGUCAUUUCCUGCUAAUGGCUUUGGCCUGUAUGAAAUGGUAGGAAAUGCCUGGGAGUGGACUGCUGACUGGUGGACUGUACAUCACACACCAGAGGAGAAACGCAAUCCGACAGGACCAGCCUCUGGUUCAGACCGCGUGAAGAAAGGAGGGUCAUAUAUGUGUCACAAGUCUUACUGUUACAGAUACAGAUGUGCAGCUCGCAGUCAGAACACCCCUGACAGCUCAGCCUCCAACCUGGGCUUCCGCUGUGUGGCAGACCCUGCCUGAACUGAACUCCCUGGGCAGAAUUUGUGAGCUAAUCCCCGGAGCCCAUGCCAGCAUAGCGCAGGAGGCUUGUCCAAUGUGGGAGACUGGGGAUGACAGAAGCCAUGCUGCCUAGAAGCACAAAGUUGAGUUCAAAGUAGGACUCUGGCCGAGAAUGGUGCUAAGGGUCCAAAAGCCUAAGAAAACAGAAGCACUUUGGAGAGGAAAAGUACUGUUUGUUAGGAAUACAGGAUAAUAAGCAAGGUGUUCUGAUCAUUCCUUUUGAGUUUCAGGGUAUGAGUGCCAUAACCCCCAAAUGUAUGACUAGCAGAACAGUAGUUCACCCAUUUUAUUUUAUAUAUGUUGGAAUAAAUAAGAGUUAUAAAUAAUCAA